UUGCGUGUCGCUGCCGAGGGUCCGCCCCCUGGCUCGAAGCACGGUGCAGGCACAAACAGCGUGGGAUCAAUACUUCGUACAUUUCGUGUUUUUCCUUGUUUUAAUGUCGAUAACUUCAAGUAAAAUUAACUUAUAUACACAUUUUCCAUUAUAUCCAACGCCUCAUACAUGCCACCAAUUAUGGCUCGAGAGGAGGACUUAGUUCGGAUUGCCAAAAAACUGGACAAGAUGGUGUCUAGAAAUAACACGGAUGGAGCCUUGGACCUGCUUAAAGAGCUACAAAACUUCAACAUGACCCUGAAACUGUUGCAGGAAACACGAAUUGGCAUGUCUGUGAAUGGAAUCAGGAAGCAUUGUACUGAUGAGGAAGUCAUUGCACUUGCAAAAAUCCUCAUCAAGAACUGGAAGAGGCUUCUAGAAUCUGCCCAGAAUGAAAAGGCUGAAAAGUCAGAGUCAAUAAAAAAUGGAACAGAGGCCAGCAAACCACCAGGAAGCCCUAUCAGGAGCUCAUCCGAGGAAGAGCCCGGCCAUAGGAGGCCUAACGCAGACCUGAAGCCAGAUUCAGACUUGCUGAAGAAGCACAUUGACAGGAAUAAGAAGGACAAACAUGAGGACGAGCAGCAGAAACCCAAACGACUGUCAGUCGAUGACGGCAAAGCGCGACCUCCAGAGGCGCCCAAGAAGGAAGCAGAAAGAAAGGACGUCUUGAAAAAUGGCGUUCUUCACUCCGUGCGUCCUCUUCUGCCCACUCCUACUCCGGCCAACGCCUCCGUGCGUCCUCCUCUGUCCACUCCGCCUCCUCCACCCCAAAACAGACGUCUAGAGAUGAUGAGAGAGAGCAAAACACUCAUGGAUGAACUGUUUCCACCACCGCCUCCGAUUCAUAUUCCCAGACGGCCGUCAGCUGAGUCAAGGAGAGAGAGGAAAACUCUGAAUGAGACCACAUCAUCAUCUACACCAAAUCAUCUCCAGCCUCUCAGAAGACCGUCUGUAGAUAUGAAGAAGGACAGGCGUGACAAUGGAAACUCACUCCACCCCACUCCAGCCCGACGACCUUCUGUGGAGGUUAAGAAGGAGAGGAAAAAAGAGCACAAUCCAUCCUCUCUUCGUCAGCACUCUCCCCCUCCUUUCAAGCGCCCUACAACAGAGAUGAAGGACAGAAAAGAACCGCCGGACCCCAAUGCUCCUUUGGCCCCUCUUCCUUUCCACCUGCACCCUCCAGCGGUGAAAAAAGACAGAAAAGAACCACCAGACCCCAACGCACCCCUGGCCCCUCUGCCCCUCCACCUGCACCCUCCUCCAAUGAAGAAAGUGAGAAAAGAACCCGACCUGGACGUUCCUCUUCCUCCCCUUCCUCUUCCCCUCCAUCCUACAAAGCACCAGGUGGAGGACGUUAAGAAAGACAGAAAAGACUCGACAGACUCCAAGCACCAUGCUCAGAAACAGUCAUCUGGUCACUCAAAGAAAGACAGAAAAGACUCGGGGGACAAUAAACCUCACAAAAAGCCCACUGUGGAAAUCAAAAAAGACAGGAAAGACUCAACAGAUUCCAAACACCAGUCCUCUAAAAGGCCGAGCCUGGAUGGAAAAAAAGAAAGGAGGGAGUCCUCUGAAGCUAAAUCAGGUCAUCAUGUGAAACGACAGCUGAGCGACUCCAAACCUGAAAGGAGAGACUCUACCAGCACAAAAUCUGGAGGUUCACCAUCGGCUAAGAAACACACAGGAGAGAGGAGGGAGUCACAUGGCUCCAAGUUGGGUCAUCUCGGAACAUUACAGAGGAAAGCUUCCACUGAUAGCUUGGAUGGACGCAAAGGGAAACCGGACACCCCUAAAAGUCCCACUACACCCACGAGCCCAAUGUCACCAUCCUUCAACUCCCCAGGAGGCCCGCUGUCCCCACGGCUGCUCACAGGGGACUCCGUCCGGGACAAGUGCAUCGAGAUGCUGGCAGCUGCCUUACGCACGGAUGAUGACUAUAAAGACUAUGGAACUAACUGUGAUUCCGUGGCUGCAGAAAUCGAAGACCAUGUCUAUAAGGAGUUUAGGGCCACGGAUAUGAAAUAUAAGAACAGGGUGCGUAGCCGCAUCAGUAACCUGAAGGAUCCGAAGAACCCCAACCUGCGCAAGAAUGUUCUGGCAGGUUCCAUCGAGCUGGUUCGAUUUGCCACCAUGACUGCUGAGGAGAUGGCCAGCGAUGAGCUGAAGGAGCUGAGGAACACCCUGACCCAGGAGGCCAUCCGUGAACACCAGAUGGCCAAGACCAGCGGCACCACCACUGACCUGCUCCAGUGUGGCAAGUGCAAAAAGAAGAACUGCACCUACAACCAGGUCCAGACACGCAGUGCUGAUGAGCCCAUGACCACCUUUGUGCUGUGCAACGAGUGCGGAAACCGCUGGAAGUUUUGCUGAUUGAUUGCGGAUUGGACAGCUCCCAAGAGCCCAGUGAAGAGCCCCUUCUUAAAGAAGAGAGGACCUACAUCAGUUAAAAAGUCUUUUGCCAUAUCACCUAUGCUUGAUAUUUGUAGGCUACAUGACAUUUUGAGAUUCUUCAUUUAUUACAUAUCAUUUUAAUGGUGAUGAUCACAUUUUUACAUUCAGGGGAAGUUGUGUAACUUUCUAAAUUGCUUGAUUUGAUAAUUUAUCUUUCAUGAAGUUGGGUUGAUUUUAAGUGUAUUUUUCAAUGUCAAGAGGAUAAAUAAGAGUUAAAUAUUGGGGAAAUUGUGAUCAGUUUAAGUGAAGGCCAGUGGCCUAUACUUUAACUACUGCAUGAAACAGAAUCAAUUAGAUACCUUACAGUUUAAAAAUAUACCCAUCCAUAGAGGAAAAACAGAUUCUGGUUACCAUAGUAACUGAUCCCAUUUAUCUUAAUGCCAUAUAAUUUGUAACACCAUUAAUUUCAUGCCCCCCACACACACACACACACACACACACAGAGAAGGGUAUAGGAGACACAAUAUGAAAUCCACAUCUUUGUGCUGUUGUCUUGUACCAUCAGCUGAGCUACACAAAAAGUACCACAAAAACAAACAGAUCACCCUAAUAUUUUAGAGCCAAUUGCAGUGAACUAGUCAUUAUGGUAACCAGAAUGUAGUCUCCUCUUGGGUGAAGGCUGUGGGAUGGUGAUCAGUAUCUGUGGGUGCAGGCAGGAAAGAGAGAAAAGCAAUGUCUACUCAGACAAACCAUUUUACCCCAUGGAGUAGAUGUAGCGACAUUCUAUAGACAUUGGUCCUAACAACACGUUUGUACACCAUUUUAACAUGUGUUGACAGUUUUCAUCUGACUGUACAAUUAGAUUUUAUAUGACUUAAUUUCAUACUCAUUUUUGGUUAAGAACCGGUGCACAUUACCAUUGGUAUUGAUUUAUAAGGUAUUUAGGGGACAUAUUCUUCAGGUGCACAUAGACUAGUACAUGCAAACUCACUGGCAGCUUUACCUAGUGCUUAAAGAUGAACAAGACGAGGAUUAGACAAGCAGGAAGGCUUGCAGCAGAACAGAAUGCUUUUUGGAAUAAACUGGGUUGACAACCCAAUGAACCAACCACUGCAACCAUUUGUAUAUAGGCCAGAUCAAAAUGAAAAUGAUCCUACCUACAGUGACUUGUUCCAUGUUCUUGGAAUCAGAUAAUUUCAAUGUGCUCAUAACAAUUUGUGUGUAUUUCUCUCUGUAUUAAGAAAUUACAAUGCAGAACAUGUCUUUAGAAAUGGGUUAAAAAUAUAUGUAGCAGCUAUUUCCUCCUAUUUCUAAUAAACAGAACAUUCAUUUUAAAA